CACACACACACACACACACACAGCAGAGCGGAGCGUCACUGGGAGUCCUGGGAUUGUUCCUUCCUUGUCAUUGCACGACGUAGUAAUAAACAAAACGCCACCACGACCGGACCGCAAUGGUGCAUAGCUCCGCGACUCGACGCGCGGCUGCGGGCUGUUUACGGGACCCGGGAUUGUGGUCGUUGUGACGUUGACGUGCACGCCGCCGCAGUUUGUGCUGACUAUUGUUUCUGCGAAAAUGUUGAGCCGAUUCGUGAGUGGCAGUGUCAGGAAUCUCGAACGGGAAUACAGCUGCACCGUCCGGCUGCUGGACGACUCGGAAUAUACGUGCACCAUUCAGCGAGACGCGAAAGGCCAAUAUCUGUUCGACCUCAUCUGCCACCACCUCAACUUGCUGGAGAAAGAUUAUUUCGGCAUCAGAUAUGUGGACCCCGAUAAGCAGCGGCACUGGUUGGAGUUAACAAGGUCUAUCGCUAAACAAAUGAAAUCUCAGCCUCCGUUCACCAUGUGUCUGCGUGUCAAGUUCUACCCUCCUGAUCCAGCUGCUCUCAAGGAGGAAAUCACUCGAUAUCUCGUCUUCCUGCAAAUCAAAAGGGACCUAUACCACGGCCGCCUCCUGUGCAAAACCUCGGACGCCGCGUUGCUAGCUGCCCACAUCCUUCAAGCUGAGAUUGGAAAUUACGACCCCGGGAAGCACCCUGAAGGUUACAGCUCCAAAUUCCAGUUCUUCCCCAAGCACUCGGAGAAACUGGAGCGACGCAUCGCAGACAUACACAAGACAGAACUGAUUGGACAGACACCUGAAACAUCAGAGCGAAAUUUCCUGCAGAAGGCCCAGAUGUUGGAGACAUAUGGUGUUGAUCCGCAUCCGUGCAAGGACGUGUCGGGAAACCCGGCUUUCCUCGCCUUCACGCCUUUUGGUUUUGUGGUCUUGCAGGGAAACAAGAGAGUGCAUUUUCUCAAAUGGAAUGAGGUGACCAAGCUGAAAUUUGAAGGCAAGACAUUCCACGUUUAUGUCAACCACAAGGAGGAAACAAAGAUCACCCUGACAUACUUUGCACCCACACCAGAGGCAUGCAAACACCUUUGGAAGUGCGGCGUGGAGAACCAAGCCUUCUACAAGCUUGAGAAGUCAAGUCAGGUCCGCACAGUCUCCAGCAGCAAUUUGUUCUUCAAGGGCAGCCGGUUCCGUUACAGUGGUCGCGUUGCAAAAGAAGUGAUGGAACAGAGUGCCAAAAUCAAACGAGAACCUCCGGAAAUACACAGAGCUGGCCUGGUUCCCAGCAGGAGCUGUCCAUCCAUCACACACGGGCCUCGGCUCACCAGCGUGCCGCGCACACGCCGGAGAGCUGUGCACAUCUCUAUCAUGGAGGGCCUGGAGUCACUCCGUGACAGCGCCCACUCUACCCCGGUGCGUUCGGUGUCCCACGGGGAGGCGUUCAUCCCGCGCUCCCGCAGCCAGGCCGCCGACGCCGGCGACAGGACGGCGGUGAUCUCGGACGAAGCGUACAGCCCCUCCGACAGCGUCCUGCCAACGCCGGUGGCCGAGCACGGCGCCGAACUGCCGGCCUCCUUGCGGCAAAUUAACGGGGCGCCCUGCAGCAUCGAGGAGGAGAAGGAGUCGGAAGCCGGGACCCCCACGCGAGGGGACGGGGGGGACUUUGGACAAGAGGGCGCUACGGGGGCCCUCGGCGAGGUGGAACAGGUGAAUAAGUUUGUCUUGAGUGUCCUGCGUUUGCUCCUCGUCACCAUCGGACUCCUCUUUGUCUUGCUCCUCCUCCUCAUCAUCCUCACCGAAUCCGACCUCGACGUGGCGUUCUUACGCGACAUCCGCCGGACCCCCGAAUUCGAGCAGUUCCAUUACGAAUACUUUUGUCCCCUCAGACGGUGGUUUGCCUGCAAGCUCCGCUGGGUGGGCGGGUUGCUCGUUAGCAAAUGAGGCGCUCGCGUUGGUAAAAUGGCCGCUCGGUGGGGGGCCGAGGAGAUGACACGGUGGCGCCCACGGGACUCGUCCUCCUCCCUGCAGCUCGGACCGCCCUGGUGACCCCAGGACAACUUCUCUCUCUCCCCCUCUCACACUUUGAGUUUUUCCACCUCGCCCUCUUCACUUUUGCUUCCGUUCUCUUUUUUCUGGAUACCCAUCAUCUUUUCCUCCCCUUUUUUUUUUUUACAUAAAAAAAUCUGAGAACUUUGAGAGCAAUGAGCAUUGCCUUUAGCUAUUUAUUGAUUUUAAAGGUGCAUUUUUAUCAAGACAAGAGAAAAGGAAGAUUGAUAAAAGGGAAAAUAAGUGAGUUAGCGGGGUACAAACAUACUGUAUUGAAUAGCCUAUUUUAGCCUUCGGAAAUAUUGAAGAGGUUUUACAUUUAUGAUGACUUAUCACUCAGAAUAAUCUUUCUGAGACAGCCGAUAAUCGGCCUUUUGAUCACAACUGUCGUAUGCGUGUAACCCGCUUUUGGUGGAGCGGACAGCGAUACUAAAUAUAAAUAAAGUCAGGGAAGGUCGAAGCGAAAAGAAGGUUCGGGUGAAUGAGAAGAAUACGAAAUGAUGAAUAUUGAUGGUUUUGGUUAUUGUUUUAAGAGGUCACUUUAAUAGAUCUUUUUAGUAUUAUAUGAGGCAAUGGUGAAGAGUCACAUGACCUUGUGAGUAGUGAUGAGUAGCCUAGAUAUACUACGUUAGACGUGCAAUGCUCAUAAAGUACUUCUUGAAUGUGCUUGUCGGUUCUGCUCGUUCAUUUUCAUGACCUUGAGAUUCAGUGAAUUUCAAUUAUUUCUUACAAUAAAGAUUUAUUUUGGUUUAAAGACGAACUUUUAGGUUUAUGUAUCAUAUUGCUCGUAGAAUAUCAGAUGAUGUACUUUUUAUUUGUACAAAAUGAGUUUGUUUCCUAAUAUAUUGACAGCGCCGAUGUAUAUUUUAACAGGACUCAAAUGUUAUUUUGUUAUUGAAGAUUACGAUGAUACUUUUUGUAGCGCCGCGAGUUAAAACGAGGACAGGAGCGUCGACUGAGAAACAAGUGUCCGCCUUGUGUCUGUUUGUACAAUACAAAUACACUUGUAAUGCCAAAAUACAUUUGCAUCUUUCAUACUUCUUUUUUUACAUCAAAUGUUGUAAAAAAAAAAAAAACGUAAUUGAUAGAUGUUAA